AUGACAUCACUCAAAAAUACAGAGCAAUUCCUGAGUAGAACGUUCAUUAACACAGAUGCCAUACCAAGAUCGGAGUUCUAUUUUCAAGUGGACAGUAUUAUAUCGCAAUUCCCAAAACUGAUCACACAACGAUUCUAUCGAACGCUCAGCUUGCUACGUGAUGUUCUGAAUAGCAAUGCUCUCGAUUCGUCUUACUUUCUCAAUUGGGAUUGGCAGAUUGAUGUGAAUAGAACGCGCAUAACAACUCCGGUUCGUCCGGAAGCCGAAGUGAUUUCGUUGAAUCAGGAAGAAUAG